CACAGAGCCCAGGGUCCUAGCAAAAUAAACCGCCGCUGGGUCCCACGGAUCCCAGCCGGGCGGAUAGCCCCGCACCCGCCAUCCCAUGCAUGGCCCGGGCGACAUUCGACAUGAACGCGGCGGGGCUCGAAGCUCGCGGCGGGGGCCACACAGAGCACGGACCACUCCCCUUCAGCGUCGAGUCUCUGCUGGAGGCUGAGCGCGUACCGGGCUCCGAGUCUGGGGAGCUGGGGGUGGAGAGGCCGCCCGGCGCCUCGAAGCCUGGAGCCUGGCCCCCUCCAGUCGCGCACUCUUGUCCCCCACGUAAGUGCUCAGUCUCCCGGUCUCAGGCCCUGAAAAGCGACCGCGCUGUCAAGGCUCGAAAGUCCAAGGUGCCCCGAGCCCUCCACCCUGCACCCUCCGCAAACACAAAACCAAUCGCAAACCACGGACGCCCUUCACCACCGCGCAGCUGCUGGCGCUUGAGCGCAAGUUUCACCAGAAGCAAUACUUAUCCAUUGCGGAGCGCGCCGAGUUCUCCAGCAGCUUGAGCCUCACUGAGACUCAGGUCAAGAUCUGGUUUCAGAACCGCCGAGCUAAAGCCAAGCGGCUGCAGGAAGCUGAGCUGGAGAAGCUGAAGCUGGCAGCCAAGCCACUACUGCCGGCGGCGUUUGCCCUGCCCUUCCCGCUGGGCACCCAGCUGCACAGCUCCGCGGCCACUUUCGGCGGCAACGCGGUUCCUGGGAUCCUCGCUGGGCCUGUCGCGGCCUAUGGCAUGUACUACUUGUCUUAGAUCAUGGAAUCAAGUCCUAACCUCUUGGUUAGGCUCAGGGCUGCGCACAGUUCCGCCCGCCGCUGAUGCUCCUGGUAACUUUCAUUUUAGUCUUUUUGUGCCCCCCCCCCCCGUUUAUACGGCGUUAUACUUGAUGACUGGAGCCUAUUUAUAGACAUCUUACAAAUACUUUAAGCCUUCCUAAAACCAUGCCCACACCAAUCUGUUUUUCUGAAAGAAAACACACCUUCAUACAGUCCUUGAAACAGACAAAAACAGUUCUUCCUAUUUCUUACAAAGCAGUCUACAAAGUAUUUCUGGGGUGGGUGUGCUCCCUGUAUUCACUCUGCCCCUACACCGAGGACUUCAGAGAGGCUCCAUUGAGCUGGCAUAAGAAAACAAAUUCCAUAAGAAGAAGUCAAAAUAAAAAAUGAGAUAAUCGGACGGUUAGAAAUUACUGUCUCUUCAACUAAAUGUAUGUUGUGACUAAACGGAAACUUUUACACGUUUUAGGUUUUACACCAUUAUUAUUUUUUUUAGAGUAUAUGUCGUUCAAGGAGCUAGAGGCAAACGCUGGAUGGACUUGGAAGUAGGGGAGGGGACUGUUGGCGCCAUGCCCUAAAGUAAGGGUGGCUGCUUCCCCCGGCAGCAUCUUCUGAGCUUCUUCGAAAAGAGCCUGCUGGGGGGGGGGGGAGACUGGAGGGCUGAAGGCAGCAGGGACCAACCUCUAGCCUCUUGCCAGCAGGUGUCCAAUCAAUAAAGAGAAGAAAGUGAGAGCUGAGCACCUCAGAUCUCCCGUUGUGGGUGCAGUAGGAAGCGAGGCCUGUGAAGGUCCCAGAAGAGUCACUCUGAGUGCCGGCUGCCUCUGUAAUUCUGGCGCUCCUUAGAAAAACGGAGGACUUGUUUAGGAAUCCGGACUCGUACCUUUAUUUUACCUUUAUCUGAGGAAAGAAAACAGACCAACUGAGCUGUUCUGUCCUAUCCUGUUCUGUCUCAAUCCUAUCAUGCAAGAUUGAGGCCCUUAGGGUACCUGACAACAGGCACUAAUACACCCCAUGGCUGUUUCCACAGGACGCUUUUGCUGCAAUCUGGAGACUUUAGCUGGAGUGUGUUGAGGGCUCACAACGGUCCCCUGGAGUCACAGCCCAGUACCUUUGGCAAGCCCCUUCUGCCAGCCUUCGAGCAGGGGAGGAAGAACCUGCCUGCAGAGGGCUGCUGGUUGUGUGUUCAUGAGAACCUGGAAUUUCACAGUGAUAGACGGCCCAGGGUUAGGAUGCUCUGGUUGGGAGGAAGGGAAAGACUGGGCUAUGCUCAGCAGUCCAAGCCAGCUCCAGGAAAACUGCUGUCCUGUGACCUUCACUGGUCCAUCACCUCCAAAUAAAACCGAAAAGAUAAUAUUGCAUGGAAUUGCCUAUUGAUACGUAUUGACAUUCUUCUGCCCUGUGUCUCUUGGAAAAAUGGAAACCAGAUAGGUUUGGUUUGGUUUUGAGACCAAAUCUUCACUAUAUAGCCCUAACUGAUCUAGGACUUGGCUAUUCUCCAAGGACAGCCUUAGACUUACAAAGGUCCACUUGCCUCCCAGGUUCUGGGAUUAAAGACAUACCACAAUGC